AGGUCGUGGAUAGCCCUGAAGUGCAUGAGGUGUCUCUUAAACACCCCAUCUACGGCAAAUUCAUGCGCUCGUUCUACCAGUGCAACUACCAAGAGUUCUUCCAGUCGCUAGCGGAGAUUGAGGGCAUUAUCAAGAAGAACCGAUACACCUACCUGCACUACCAGUACUAUGUGCGUGAGAUGCGCAUCCGAGCAUACAGCCAACUGUUGGAAUCGUAUCGCAGUGUGACCCUUGCUUCUAUCGCCGAGUCCUUCGGUGUCACCGUGGAUUUUAUUGAUAGGGACCUCUCUCGCUUUAUCGCCAGUGGCGCGUUGACCUGCAAGAUCGACAAGGUGGCCGGUAUUGUCGAGACCACACGCCUGCACAAUCAGACACAGUCAUACAACGAAGUGAUCAAGAGUGGUGAUGUACUACUCAACCGAGUGCAGAAACUGGGCCGCGUGAUCAACUUAUAAGUGUACUGCCUGCUGCGCCCGUGGCCUGUGAGGUUAACAGCUAGUUUGGCUGGGGUGUUGAGUGUAGGGGCUUUAGUGGUAUAGUGAGUCGUGGCGUGUAUGAUGAAGUAUCUGUAUUGCAGGGAAUGGCACUGCGGAAUAAAGAAUAGUACGACUUCGGUACCGAACUGAACUUUGACUGAGAC